AAUCAGUCCAAACCGGACUAAACGGACAUGGGUUCACUGGAGUUUGAAGGAUGAACGGACACAUGCCGGAUAUACGGAGUUAUUGAGUCUUACACACCAGCGAUGCGUCUUUACAAACAUUAUAUUACAUGUAAUAGACUGUGACGCCUCAGGAUUACUGGAUUAUAUACUGGAACACACUUCAUCUCAGAAGUGUUGAAGUGAAGGAGAAACUGAGGGAUAUGUGUUCAACGUCGCUCAUUUCAUUCCUUCAGUAAUCAUAUUUGUGCAGUGUUAUUCAUCAUGGCUGGACACGGAUGGUGGAAAUAUUAUCUGUGGAUUAAUAUCUUCACCUACAGGUUUAUAUUCUCAUCAUCCAAAUCACUGGAGACCAUCAUCUGGAGCUCUCAAAACCUCAAGUUCCAGAAGGCCAAAGGUCUGGCGAUUUAUCCUGAUAUCGGGGACAAGUUGGAUAUUAUCUGUCCCAAAGCAGACCUGAGCCAGCCAUAUGAGUAUUAUAAGCUGUAUCUGGUGAAGAAAGAUCAGGCGGAGGACUGCAGUACUGUUCUGGAUCCAAAUGUGCUGGUCAACUGCAACAAACCAGAGAAGGACAUCAAAUUCACCAUCAAAUUCCAGGAGUUCAGUCCAAACUACAUGGGCCUGGAGUUCAAGAAGAACGUCAAUUACUACAUCACCUCCACAUCUAACAGCUCUUUGGAAGGACUGGAGAAUCGUGAGGGAGGCGUCUGCAAAACUCGCUCUAUGAAGGUUAUCAUGAAGGUUGGACAGGGCCCAAGUGCAGUUCCACCAGUGUCACAGCAGACUGAACGGCCCAUGCUUGAAGCAGGUGCGGAUGUUUCCUCUGACACAGACCAUGACAGACUGCCAGGAGCAGCAAACACAGAAAUUAUUAACCAGAAUCCCAGCGACAGUGAUGACGGCAUUCUGGGCUCAAAGAUCGCCAUGUUCUCCACCAUUGGUGCUGGUUGCAUCAUCUUCCUCAUCCUCAUAAUUUUUCUGGUCAUUCUGCUCAUCAAGAUUCGCAAGCGCUCACGGAAGCCUACGCAGCCCCGAUCAACCUCCCUGAUGCUCAGCACCCUCACCAACCCCAAGAUGAUGGGCAACACCAGCUCCGAGCCCAGUGACAUCAUCAUCCCGUUACGGACAGAAAACAAUUACUGCCCACACUAUGAGAAAGUGAGUGGCGAUUAUGGUCAUCCGGUCUAUAUUGUACAGGAAAUGCCGCCGCAGAGUCCGACCAACAUCUACUAUAAGGUAUGAAGCUUCAUGAGAGCUGUUGGACAUUGUUUUUAUUGCACCGACUCUCUGAUAUGGAGACGUCCUUAAUCAUUCACCAGAACACAAAUAAUGGACGGAGAACCACAGGACAAAACAGAGAGAGGGACAUUUGUUUUGUGGGAGCCUGUAACCUCAGUCUUUCGCUCUGUGUGUCUCUCUUUCUCUUAUAUUUUAUUUGUAUUACUAUUUUUUUAUUUUUUUAUUUUUUUUUUUCACAUUUGUAUUGUUGCAAUGCAGUGCAUUUAAAUUCUCCUGGAACAAUCGAAAUUGAGUUUCCUGCAUAUUGAGCAACCAGAAGAGCGUUUUCCAUUUCAAGCAGAUCCUUUGGUUUCAAACAAUCCCUCAGGUGUAAAUUCAGCCUUUUCACGCUCAGGUAACAGGGCACAAGAUGACAAAUAAUGGUGAUUGUCCCCUUCUUAUACCUAAUAUUUGCCUUACAAGUUUUAAUCAGAUUCUUGCUCUUUCUCAUAAAGAUUCAUUUGCAGUUUUGCUUCAGGCUUCAGUUUUAUAGUGUGUGUAUUGUAUGUAAUAAUGAACAUUUCUUGAUGUCACUUUAACCUCUGUGUUUUAUUGUGUGUAUUGAUCAUUUGGCCCUUGUGCUAAACCAGCAGUUACUGCACGUUAAUGCAGGCCGAGGAGAAAUAUUGACAUGUGGAGGGUAAAUGGGCAGUUCAUCCAAAAAUCAUAAUUACUCACCAAACCUGCAUGACUUUGUUUCUUACAUGAAAUUUAAAAGAAAAAUGGCCAGGCUGGUCUUUUCCAAACAGUGAAAGUGAAUGGGGUACUGGGGCCGCUAAUAUCCAAAAAGACCAAAGGGCCCCAUUAAAAUAUUGUAAAACUGCUAUAUUCAACAGCUUUGUGUGAGGAAAAGACAUAAACUGAAGUCAUUGUUUACUAAAAAAGCAGUUCUCACAUCAAAUAUGCUGCCACAUCAGGUUUGAGUAAUGGCACUUUAUUUGAUGCGUGAGGUACUGUAUUGCUGUGAAUAACGAACAAGCUCACACAAAGCUGUUGUAUUACUGAGGAAAACAGCGAAAGACCUGGAAUACAGUCCAGAUGUGGAAUGAACUACUGUUAUAAUAUCUUAAUGGAGCUUUAUAACUCCAGUCCUAAUUCACUUUCUUUAAAUAAAAAUGAGUAGUCUUGAUAUUUCAUGGAAGACAGAUAGACACACUACCGUUCAAAAGUUUUGAAACACUUACUCAUUCUUUAUUAUAAUUUUUUUUCCACAUUUUAGAAUAAUAGUAAAGUCAUUAAAACUAUGGAAUAACAUAAAUGGAACUAUGGGAAUUAUGUUGUGACUAAACAAAAUCCAAAAUAAAUCAAAACUGUGUUAUAUUUUAGCAUCUUCAAAGUAGUCACCCUUUGCCUCUUGACAUUUUCUCAACCAACUUCUUGAGGUAUCACCCUGGGAUGCUUUUUAAACAGUAUUGAAGGAGUUUCCAUCUAUGUUGGGCACUUAUUGGAUGCUUUUCUUUAUUAUUUGGUCCAAGUCAUCUAUUUCAAAAACUUUUUUUUAUUAUUAAAUUUUAGUUUUAUAAUGAAAUAAAUUAAUAUGGUGGCACAAUUAUAUUUUUGUCUACAAAACUAAUUUCAAACAUUUAAGCAUAAGCCUUCAGAUCAAAAGAUUUUUAAGAUCAUGAAAAACAUUUCGGUCAAGUGUUUCAAAACAUUUGACUGGUAGUGUAUAAAUGAAGAAAUGAUGAUAAAAUAAACUGUUCCUUUGAUGCAUCUUGGUUUUCAAUAACAUAUAUUGCAAGUAUUUCACUUCAAAAUGUGGAUUUGUUUUGAAGUGCACUUUUAUGGUUGAUGAUACAAAAUACAAAAUGUGUUAGAAAUUCUUUUGGCCGCAGUAGAUAUAUUUGUGUCUAUCAGUGAGCUGGACUGCAGAAUGUUAUUUGCACGUGAGAGUGAUGACAAAAUUACUAAUGCAAAAACUCAGAGUGUGAUGCAUCUAAACAAGUCAGUUAUAAAACGACUCAUAUAAUACAUACAGUAUAUACUGUGAUGUAAGAUUUUGGUUAUACUGCCCACUCCAACUAUAAAUUGCCAGAAGAGAUAUAGUAAUGUAGCGAAAUGUCUUUCUGUCUAAUUGUUUUGGUCAAACUUGUCACUAAUGUGACACUUGUUACAUUUAUUGUGUUUCAUCAUCAUCAUCAUCAUCGGGCGGGCUUGUUAGGCGCGACAAUACUCUUCCACAACUUUCUAUCCUCUGCCAAUCUGGUGACCUCUUGCAUUAGAUGUUCUUUUUCCAAUUCCAGGCCUAAGUUUUCUCGAUAUUCUCGUUCAUUCGUAGACAGUGUCCGAUAAAAUGCAGCUGUCUCGAUCUAAUAGUUGAGCUGAUUGGAAUUUGGCCAGUUUUCUUGUAAAGUUCUUGAUUAGUCAUAUGAGCUUCAGCUUGAUUGAUGCCCAGCAUGAUCCGAUAACACUCUCUGGCAAGAUGUCGAGUUUGUGCUCCAGUGCCUCAGUGAGCACCCAAGACUUGCAUCCAUAAAGCAGGACAGAUAUGCAAACUGCAUUGAAAAGCUGCAUCUUAAACUUCACUUUCGGUCUGGGUGAUCUCCGGAUGGUUUUGAGUUUGGUAAAGGCAGCCCAGGCGAGGGAGAUUCGAUUCUCGACAUCUUUCUCGGUUGAUACUAUAUAAGACCCCAGAUACUUGAAGUUAUUGACAAUCGCGAUUUUGUUUCCAUCGAUGACGAGUUGUGUUUGAGUUUGGGAUUUGUCGUUAAGUUGAAUUUGGACGGUGUAUUCUUUUUAACUCAAGCCCUACCACGGCAGCGUUUUGCUGGUUGGUAGAAAGUUGUUGUUGUGCCCGAGUUUUAUCGUUUUCAAAAAGUGCAAUGUCGUCCGCGAAUGAAAGAUCGUUCAGCUUACGUUCAGGUGUUUCUUCUAUUUUCUUUGCGCAAGAUUGUUGCGGUCAUUGACUUUUUGGUUUUAGAGAUGUUUCUUUGUGUGUUAGGUAUCCAAAAUCGCCUGCAGAUUGUUUGGAGACAUAAUCUAUGACUAUUAUAAAGAGAAACGGUGCUAGAAUGUCUCCUUGUAGGACUCCUGUUGUGAUGAUGAAAGGUUCUGACAGCUCACCUCCAACAUACACUUGACUUGUCGAUUGAUUGUACAUGACUCUGACAGCACUGACAAUUUCUGCUGGUAUUCCAUAAUGACGCAAGAUGGCAAACAUCAUUUCUCAGUUGAUCGAGUCGAAGGCUUUCUUGAAGUCAAUAAGUGUGAUGUACAUUGGGAUGUCUUGUGCGUUUGCUCCCUCCAUGAUUCUGCGAAGAAUGUGGAUUUGUUGAGCACAACCGCGACCUGUUCUGAAGCCUGCUUGGUUGUUUCAGAGCAGUUUGUCGAUUGGGUCUCGUAUGCGGUUGAGUAACACUCGAUUGAAGACUUUGGCUGCUAUUGACAUCAAGCUGAUUCCUCGAUAGUUUGUCAUAAGUUGUGAGUUUCCUUUCUUUGGAAUUGGGUUAAUCAGACUUGAUGUCCAUUGUUUUGGUGCUGUAAGCUGUCUGUAUACCAACUGACAGAUGAUGUGUAGUUGGCUUACCACAAAGUCGCCUCCGUCUUUUAGCACCUCGGCUGUCAUUGCAUAGUCUGGGCCUGGUGCUUUAUUUCGGUUGAAGGUUUCAAUUGCAUUGUCGACUUCCUCUCGAGUUAUAUUGCCUAAUGGUAUGCCCGAGGUGUCGGUUGUUGGUAAUGGGCAGUUUUCAAGGUUAACUUUCAGGCUCUUGUUGUUUAAUAGAGCCGAGAAGUAUUUUGACCAUUCGCUUAGGAGUUCGGACUUGGAGCUGGGAAUACUGCCAUCAAGCAUUCGAACCAUGUUGGCGGAAGUGGCUUUUGGUUUUUCAGUGAUGUAAUUUACUAGCUUCCAGACUUUGCAGUACUCGUGGUGUUUGUUCGCUAGUUCUAAUGCGUCGAGCUUGGCGUUGAUAUAGGCAUCAUUGUCUGCUUCGAAAGCUUGUGCGACUUGUGCCUGUACAUUUUGUGCCUGUACCGUUUUUUUGAGUUAGCUUAAAUUUCGCUUUCAGAUCUCCUUCUUUGGUGAUGAGCUGGAGUGUGGUGUUGCUGACCCAGCUCGGUUGUUUAGAUUUUGGCCGUUUUCCGAGAACUUUUUCAUUUCAAAAAACGUUUGAAAAAAUUCAGUGCAUUUGCUCUCUCUUGAAUUUCGUCUUGUGGUUCUUGGAUUGCCGCUUCAUCAAAGAGGGAUUCAAAUCGGUUUUUCACUUCCAUGUUGAAUUCGUGUGUGAAUUUUGGGAUUUUCAAUUUCUCGUACAUGAAAGUGCAUCUAGCAUUAGGUGGUGUCUUGCUAGAUCUCAGCGCAAGCUUGAAUUUGGCACUCACAAUCUUGUGGUCUGAUCCGAUGCUGCAGGUGUUGUAUAUACGACAGUUCUUUACAGAAGUCCACCACUUUGUGUUGAACAAAAUGUGGUUGAGUUGGUAAUAUUCGCCUUUUGGGCUGCUGUAGGUGCACAGCCUUGUCGGUCGGUUUUGGGAACCAAGAGUUGGCUGGUUGAAGUCUCGCCAUUUCACACAUGCGAAUCAUUCGUGACCCAUUGUCUUUGGUUGUCGUAUGAUAGCAGUGACUGCCUACAACUCUUGGGUUUGUUGUAUGACUGUCAGUACCAAUUCGUGCAUUAAAGUCUCAUGCAAGAAUGGUGAUCGUGUGUGGUGGAAUUGACUCGGUUAGCUCAGUUAGGUCAUUAUAAAACUCGUCUUUGUCAUGUUCUUCGGCUGUCUCUGUUGGGGCGUACGCUGAGACUAUGCAUACUUUUGGAUUGCCCUUGAUAUGUGCGAUUAUUAUGUGCUCCGAUUUGACCGUGAUUGAGGUGGUUAACUGAGCAAUCUUGCUGUUGUACAGAAUGGCUACUCCAUGGCAAAUGGAUGACGAGUCUGAGUGUGCCAGUGUCCUGUUGCUGCGUUGUUUGUGUUGACUAUGGCCCACCGUAUUGGAUAUUUUUUGCUGGUGCUCUUGGAGUGCUACGAUGUCGAUUUCGUAUUUCUCGCAGUCGGCUAUAAUGCGAUUGAUUUUGUGCAUGAUGAGUUUGCUUGUUUCGGUGCUGAUGGUAUCGUUCAGCUUUCUCACGUUGUAGGUGGCCAUGGAGAAGUGCUUGUUUUUUGGUUUUGGUUUUCCAAUCUUUGCAUAUUUUUCAGUGGCUGGCAGAUUGGUUGAACAGCCACCGUGGACCUUGAUAACCUGAGCGACGGCCGAGCCAGUAUGUUUAGAAUUUGGUUGUGUUUUCAUAUUGUUUAUACUACGUAGAUUUUCCUUAUUCCAGGUAAGACCAUGAUGGGAUACGAGCCCUCAUGCACGGACUAGCAGUGGGUUCGCCUUUCCAAGGUCUCCUUUUACUUGCCUAGCCCUACCCUCAAAAAGCCUUUCUAGGGUUAAACCCUGUACUUUCCUUAAUGAGGUUUAGUUAUUACCGCUGCGUCCCAGUAGUACUCACGAUAGUUUCUCUAGCUAUCGGUCCCCAUAACCAUAUUGAUCAGAGAUCUUCUGGUAGGUUAUCCAACUAGACCCUUUCAGAUCAGUUUAACAUCAUGAUCAGGACAUUUUGUUUAUAGAGUAAGAUUUUGGUCUCGGGACAAAGGUCAACGUCUAGUCCAAUAAAAGAGAGAGAGAGAUACAUUUCUCUUUAACAUUUCGUCAUAUUAUUUCUACAUCAGUGUUUGUUUAUGUCCAGAGGGAUCUUCUGUGGACAUUAAAGUGUAGAUUUUUAAGGAGUUUUGACACAUCAGUGUCUUCAUCAUUGCUUUUCAUAAGUUUUGUGAAUGUUUAAUUUGAAGUCAUGUCUUGUCCAUGUUAUUAACAGUCUGGAAAAUGGAGAGAACUAUACAGUAUACGUAGAGGGAGGAUUCAAGCAAGAGUAUGUAAAUAUGUGGAUAAAUGUAAAGGAAAGAAAAGUUAAUUUUCACCUGAGCCUGAGGAUUUUUGUAAUGCUGAUUUUUUUUAAAUAAUUGUCUUUUAAACAACAUUUUGUAUUAAUGGCAUUUUUGUCCUUUUUUCUAAUGAAACAGCAGAUAAUUGAGCACUCUGAUGCGGCUGAUGACAGUAACUGAGCAAAGUGCCACAGAUUCUUAGUCACAUUAUUUUAUUGUUGUUCACUGGAAACACACUUCAUUUGUCUUCAUCAUCGCAGGUGCUGCACAUCUUUUGUGGAAGCCAAACACUGAAUUAUUACUGUUGAAAUAUUUGCAUCUUAAAGCUGGAAAUAAUGAAAUGUCAUUAUCUUCUAAAGGACCACAGACAGCAACAGUAAUUGUCAUUUACCUGCAACAGCACAUCCGGCUUUCAAAAUCAAGUAAAUUGAAUUACACAUACUGUAGACGCCCUGUAUAUCAUAUUAUUGUAGCAUGUGAUGGUUGAUAUAGUUUAGAUUUCAGUGUUAUUAAAUCAAAGCGUGUCUCCCCAUUAGACAUAAUGAGAAUACACAUUCAGGAAAUGUAUGAGUUUAUUAUUUCAGUAUCAUUGUUCCUCUGCAGGUGGCUUCUGAACUACAGGAAUUACUUGAAAAUAACACUUUCUUAGUGAAUGCAAUUUUGUUAUGUUUUAUUGUUGUGCACACUCUUGUCUGUCAGGUUUGAUGCUAAAAAACAUUUUUCAAUUGAUUUGCAAACACAUUUUUUCCCCAUUUGGAGUUAAACAUACUGGAGAAAUUCUGUCCCUUACAUUUACAUAUUUUUUUCCUUCACAAUAAGCUCCAAAUUGAUCAUAUUUUGUCUUUUCCAAAGCUGUUAGUGAAGUGAUUUGGUUAUUUUCAUUGUUUCAAGUGUUCAUUAGAUGAAAUGUUGUUUUAAAAUCUCUGUUUUUGACACAACAUCUACUGUAUGUUAGGCCCAAUGUUGUUUUGGAAAUGGUUGAUAAAGAAUGUCUUUUAAAAAACUGAAUUCAGUAACAUUUCAAGUUUAGCACAAAGCCCUCUACAUUCAUUGAACAUUUGUACAAAGUCUCUGUCCCCUAUAUUUUAUGCUUGUUUCAGUUGAUUUUGUCAUUGUUUUAAUGGAGACAGAGCUCCACACACUAAGUUUUGAAACAUGAUAUUGCUUAUUGACCAAUACAUUUAUACCAUGGAAUUCUGUUCUGACUUUUCUCACUUUUACCUGUUUGUAAGUUUGCACAAUAAUGAAAUGAAGCAUACAAUUAUAAGAAUUUGAAAUGUAAUGCACUAUGCUACUUUUUUUUAUAAAAGGUAAGAAGAGCUAACAAAAACCUUUGUAAUUAGAUUACAGUAUUGGUGUCAUGGUAUGAAAUGUUCAUGGUAUGAUAAUCUUCACAAAAAAUACAGCGGUAUCAAGGUGCCUUGCUAAAAUGAUUAGAAAAAUACAGCAAUGAGUCGUCUGACUGGAUGAUGGCCUAGGAUGUCACAGUGAAUGUCGAGUACAGUUAUAUGUUGUUAAUAAAGUAACCACGAUUAAUUUUGUGGUUACUGUAAAUGUACAAAAAAAAUACCAGAGUGAAACCAUGAUUACUGUAGUAAAACCAAGGUUGUUUUUUCUAAGGGAAGGUUAGGUUUAGGGGUAGAGGUGUAUGUAGUGUGUCUGUGGGACUCUAAAUAAACACAAUAAACACACUGCAGUGAUGCCCAUACUGUAUGUUAAUAUUUAAAUAUGGGUGCAAAUAGUAUCUGACACUAUUUGCACCAAGGUUGGGGUGAAAAUAAUAUCUGCCACUAUUUGUACUGGGGUGUAAAUAGCAUCUGUCUUUUUUUAAACACAGGCAGCAUUACAAAUUGUAAUACUAGGGGUGUAACGAUUCAUCAAUCUGGAUUGUUGCAUCGAUCCAAUAACCAACAAUCCAAUGUUAUCGAUACAACUCGUAAAUAUCGAUAUAGACAUUUUUUAAUAUGUACCUUUAUUUUAAUACUCUCAUGUCAGCCAUGUCCGUACGCAUAUCCGUCAGGUGAUGAAGAAACCUUAUUACAUUCAUUUCACUUUAUGAGCGCUAAAUACGCUUUUCAUGUGGGACAAGGAU